UGAGUGUGUGAGAGUAAGAGAUUGAGGCCGAGGGGGGCCGGGGGAGGGAGAGAGGGGAAGGGGGUUGUGCAAUGAGAACAGUGAAGGCGUAUGAAUCCGUCAUGUGGCUUGAUGGCAGUGGAGAGAGAAGAAAGAGAUAUUCUGCAAUCUCCCCUUCAACUCUAUCCCUUCCCCACCCCCCACCGUGCAUCAUUCCUUGGCGCCCUCUCAUUUUUUCUCUUUAUCUCCUCCCAGUAUCUAUCUAAUCACUGUAGCAAAAAUUUAAUCUCCAUUUCCUUUGAUACUCCGUCCGGAAACGUGUUCUUCUCAACAGCCAGAAACAAGCAAUUGGCCAAUGCUUGGUCGGCCAUCUAUAUAAAUAUUCUAGCUCCACGUUGGUUCUUCCCACUCCUGCUCCCACUGUGUGCUCCCUCCUCUCUUCUCCAAUUAGCUCCAUCUGCCCAUUGGCGCCACUAUAAAACCAGCAGUGCUCCUUUGGACGCAGCGGCGAAGCCGUGGUCUAAGCGUGUGGAAAUUAAGUCUCAGGCGACGUGACCUCGGCGCCUCGCUCAUGAGUGAGGGGGUGACAGAGGAGAGACAGCUCUCAGGGGUUUUGCCACACAUAUUACGCGUGGAGGAUUAAUUCUAUCACUGCCAUAAAUCUAUAAAUUGUUAAGCUCUUUGAUACUACCACUGCAAGGGGUGAAGAACAUGUCAAGGGAGGAAUUGAUGGAGGAGUUGGGAAAGACUACAGAAGCAUUGCCGUCUCAGAGUGUCGAAGACCAGGGUACUGUGCUAAUGGACCCCGAUCCACCAUUCCUCAAAACAUACAAAGCGCUCUUCGACAGCCAACCAGAGUCGUCCGAUACUGAUCAAGCGGCGGAAGCCGAGGAGUGUGAGCUCCCCCUUAUCGAUCUCAGCCGUCUAAAUGGCGAGUCCGAGGCGGAGCAGUGCAAGAGAGACAUCAUGGCUGCUGCUUCCGAGUGGGGCUUCUUUCAGCUGGGGAACCAUGGCGUCUCCAGUAGUCUCCUGGACAGGAUACGCGAGCUGCAGGCUAACGUGUUCCGGCUCCCGUUCGAGAAGAAGGCCAGCGAGAAGGUAAUGGACUUGUCGCCCGAGAAUUACCGCUGGGGGACGCCGAGGCCUAUCUCCCUCAGGCAAUUAUCAUGGUCCGAGGCGUAUCAUAUCCCUCUCACGCCGGCCACCUCUGUCACCAAAACCAGCACCAGGCACAUAAUGGAGGAGUUCUCAACGGCAAUGUCGUGGUUGGCACAUCUACUAGCGGGGAUUUUAGCUGAAGGAAUGGGCCAUGAUGGCACGUAUAUAACGGAGAAUUGCACGUGCGAUUCUAGUUAUUUACGGCUGAAUCGCUAUCCUCCCUGCCCAGUAAAAGAUCGAGUCUUUGGUUUGGUCCCUCACACUGAUACUAGUUUCCUGACCAUAGUACGCCAAGAUCAAGUAGGUGGGCUGCAAUUGAUGAAGGAUGGGAGAUGGAUCACUGUUAAACCCAAUGCUGAUGCAUUAAUUGUCAACAUUGGUGACCUGUUCCAGGCAUGGAGUAAUGGAGUGUACAAGAGUGUGGAACAUAGAGUUAUGUCCAACCCCCAACAGGAGAGGUUCUCAGUGGCAUACUUCCUCUGCCCCUCCUAUGACACUGUGAUACGGAGCCUUGCAGAGCCUGCGAUCUAUAGAAAGUUUAGCUUUGGGGAGUACAGACAGCAAGUCCAAGAGGAUGUUAGAGGGACAGGUCACAAGGUUGGGCUUGCAAGGUUCCUUGCUCAAAACACAUGACCAUAGAAGGGCCGGUACUCAUAAGAAGAUAAAAUGGCAAGAGCUUUUUUCUUUCUUUCAGACCCCCUCACUUCUUGCGGGUUCUCCUAUUUCCCGUUUUUAGGCCAAAAGGCUAGAUUUUAAUAUUUCAUACAGAAAAAGAAGCAGCAAAUAUUGUAAUCAAAACAGGUUUACAGCAUUUGAGAUGGCAUCUUAAAAAUUACAGAAAGGAAAUAAAAGUUAUGUAAGUGGUUGUUAA